AUGCGUUUCAAUAACAACCUCUUUUUGCUCGCCUCCUUCUUCGGCGCUGCAACCGCUUUCCGUCGAACUUGCACGCCCGACACCACUAGUGACGUCGCCGGCACCGGCUGUUACACUUUGACAGAAUCCGACCUUUGGGAGAACAUCGCGGCUGACUUUUGCACCAAUCUACCCGAGCUAAAAAAAAUGAACCCUGGCUCCUCUUCUAAACCAGGAGAAAUUCUCAAAGUUCCUUGCCAAGCUCGAAAGCGCGAUUGCUCUAGGAUCCCGGGCCAGGGAUAUGGGUAUUAUACGGUCGUCGAAAGCGACGACUUGGCACUUAUUGCGAUGGAUUUCUGCAUAGAUACUUUAGCUUUGCAGCGACUAAACCCGAAGGUUGUUACGGGCUACAAAGUCGCACCUGGCGUGGUCCUCGAAGUUCCUUGCGCUUGGAACUAG